UCUUGGUUGAACGUUGUUCUGUUGCGAGAUCGCUGCCGCUCUUAUAAGUUCUCAUCAUGCCGCCGAAGGCAAGUGGAAAGGCCGUCAAGAAGGCGGGCAAGGCUCAGAAAAACAUCAGCAAGACCGAUAAGAAAAAGAAGAGGAAGAGGAAAGAGAGUUAUGCCAUUUACAUCUACAAGGUGUUGAAGCAAGUGCAUCCGGACACUGGAAUUUCCAGUAAGGCCAUGAGCAUCAUGAACAGUUUCGUCAACGACGUGUUCGAGAGAAUUGCCGCCGAGGCGUCAAGAUUGGCGCAUUACAACAAAAGAUCGACGAUCACUUCUCGUGAGAUACAGACCGCGGUUAGGCUUCUGCUACCCGGAGAAUUGGCCAAGCACGCUGUCAGUGAGGGAACUAAAGCCGUCACCAAAUACACCAGUUCCAAGUGAAGCAAUAAUUCGAUGCGUAUUGCGGACUAUAUAUACAUCGGCCCUUUUCAGGGCCAGCAAAUAUCUAGAGACAUUGGUCAUCUUUAUCGUUUUCACACGCAAUAAUUCCUUAUAUUUGAGUUCCGACGAAUUUGUAUUUUAUCGUAAGAUAAAAGUAUUCACGUAAAUUAAAAGUUUGAAUUUUUUUAAAACAAAAUGCUUUUUUUAUUAAACAAGUAGUAUGAUUGGGGGUUGUCCUCGGGUUCUUUGUGGAAAAAUUUACACACAUUUUGCUUUUUAUCAAUUUUGUUAUCUCGAUUUUAAACGACCGUAGAAUGACUUUUCCCGAGUAAACAGAAAUUUGUUGUGACAUUGAAAACAAAUGUGUUCGUUAACAGAGCGUUGAGUUUUCAGUUUAUAAUUUUUGAAUCAAAUUUAUAAAUUUAUCUUUUAAGAUGUAUCUUACAAGUA